AAAGAAAAUAUCAAUAGUUGUGGAUCUAAACUAGGAAGAUCAUGGAAUUCAGCUCCAGUACUGUCUUUGCAAUAGUCAUAUGUCUCUUUGGGUCUCUUGAGAUGGCAUCAGCGUGGCGGCCCAACUGUAUACGUGAAGAUAUCUACUUGGACUCAACCGGUAGUCCACCAAUUCCGGCGGGGACUACUUGCAAGUAUUGUGAGGAUUGGUGUGAUGCACAGUGUUCCAUCUUGGGACUUCCACCGGUAAAAUAUGGGUGUCGUCUAGAGAGUGAUAUUAGAUGUAGGUGUUGCUGUGGAAGUUCACCACCAUCACCCUCCUCUCCGCCAUCGGAACCCCUUCCUCCUCCUGCUCCUCAAUCUCCCGACGAAUUUGAAGGCCGAUGGCCACAAAUGUAUGAUAUAUGUGCGGCUGGACAAAGAUAUUUUGAUUUGAAUCAUAAGAAUGGAACAGAAUGCAUUCAUGCACCUAAAUGUGAGCAGGAAUGCAAAGAUAAAGGGUUGGUGAUGGCAAGGAAGGAAUGUGUAGCAGGUGGCUAUACUUAUCCUAGAGCCUGGUAUGAGUGGUAUGAGCAGUGUUGCUGUGAAACUCCUUCACCUCCACCGCCAUCUCUAUCCCCACCCCCACCAUCCACUAGCGGCGAUACUUGUCAACUGGAGCUCAGUAUUCAAAUCUCUCCGGAUCAGGCACCAUGCAAUUACAAACUAGCGCAAUCUGAAUACUAGUUACUACAUGUCAACGAAUGAUGCACUAAUAGCUAUAGUUACCUGCAACUUUUAAGAGAAGAACAUCAACUGAAAAUCAAAUAAGUAGUAUGAGUUAUCAUUUAGUUGAUGUGUGUGAUC